AUGGUCCCAAAUGAAGCUCAUCAAUACAUAGGUAUCAUUCGAUUACUUAAGCAUUUUGGAUGGACAUGGGUCGGGUUCUUUACUGUUGAUGAUGACAGUGGAGAACACUUCUUGAAAGAACUAAAACCACUGCUUUCCAAAAAUGAAAUCUGUUCAGCUUUCAUAGCAAGAAUCCCACAACAGGUUCAGCUGAAUAACAUCUUUGAAAUUAAUGCUGGGGUCUUGAGUAUUUAUCUACCUUUCAUUGGCACCAAAGCCAAUGUAUUUGUUGUUUAUGGAGAAACAUUAUCCAUUAUGUGGCUGAGUUAUUUUAUGCUUCUAGGAAUUCCUGGUUACAACAAAACCACAUCUUUUGAAAGGGUUUGGAUUAUGACUGCCCAGAUUGAGUUUGCAUUAACAAGCCUUCAAAUGGGCUCAGAUCUGCAAGUCUUCCAAGGGGCCAUUGCCUUUACAAUUCAUUCCUAUGAUCUUCUUGAGUUUAAGAAAUUUCUUCAGAUUGUUAAACCCUGCUGGACAGAAAGAGAUGGGUUUCUUGAGGACUUCUGGGAGCAUACCUUUGGCUGUUCGUUUCAUUGUCCAAUGGUUCCAAUGGACUUCCAUGAGAUAUGCACAAGGGAGGAGAAAAUGGAGAGACUUCCUGAACUUAUUUUUGAAAUGCGCAUGACUGGCCACAGCUACAGUAUCUAUAAUGCUGUCUAUGCUGUAGCACAUGCAUUUCAUCUCAUGAACAAACAUAGAGUCAAAUUCAGAGCAAUGACAGGAGUCAGAACAGUUUUACUCCAGGAUCUCCAGCCAUGGCAGUUACAUAGAUUUCUUCAGGGCAUGUCAUUCAACAACUCUGUUGGAGAAACUGUGUCCUUUAAUAAAGGGAAGGAAAUAGAAGGUGGCUUUGACAUUAUGAAUGUGGUCACAUUUCCAAAUGCAUCCUUCUGGAGAGUAAAAGCUGGAAGAGUGGAUCUCAAGGCUCCUGAAGGGAAAGAACUAACCAUUAAUGAGAAUAUAAUCACAUGGCCAAGACAGUAUAACCAGGGCAUCCCUCUUUCAUUAUGCAAUGACCCCUGCCACCCUGGUUAUCAGAAGAAAAAGCGAGAAGGUGAUGCAUUUUGCUGCUAUGAUUGUACUCCAUGUCCAAAUGGAAAGAUUUCAAACCAGAAGGAUAUGGUUGACUGUGUCAAAUGCCCGGAAAAUCAAUAUCCAAGUAGGGAUCAUGGUCAAUGCAUUCCCAAGAAGACAAGUUUUCUGUCUUAUGAAGACCCUGUAGGCAUUAGUUUGGCCUCAAUUGCUCUUUCUUUUUCUAUAGUGACAGCUUCAGUAUUAGGAAUUUUUAUCAAGCACAGAGAGACACCCAUAGUCAAAGCCAACAACCGGGACAUCACCUACACACUUCUCAUCUCUCUCCUGCUUUGCUUCCUCUGUUCUUUCCUCUUCCUUGGAAAACCUAGGAAAGUAACCUGCUUUCUUCAGCAAUCUGCGUUUGGCAUAAUCUUUUCAGUGGCAGUUGCUUGUGUGUUGGCCAAAACAAUCACUGUGGUUGUUGCUUUCAUGGCCACAAAACCAGGGUCUGGUAUGAGGAAGUGGUUGGGGAAAAGACUGGCCAGUUCCAUCAUUCUCUGCUGUUCAUUAAUUCAAGCAAGCAUUUGCAUGGUGUGGUUGGGGACCUCUCCUCCCUUUCCAGAUUUGGACAUGCAGUCACAAAGCCAAGAGAUCACAGUAGAAUGCAAGGAAGGGUCUGCUAUCAUGUUUUAUCUGGUCCUGGGCUACAUGGGACUCCUCUCCAUCAUCAGCUUCACAGUGGCUUUUCUUGCCAGGAAGCUGCCAAAUGCCUUCAACGAAGCCAAAUUUAUCACCUUCAGCAUGCUGAUGUUCUGCAGUGUUUGGCUGACCUUUGUCCCAACCUAUUUGAGUGUAAAGGGAAAGUACAUGGUAGCUGUGGAGAUUUUCUCUAUCUUAGCCUCCGGUGCUGGGUUACUGGCUUGUAUCUUUACUCCCAAAUGUUAUAUUAUUCUUCUGAGACCGGAGCUGAACAACAAGGAACAACUAACUAGGAGGAAACGUGAAGAGCUCCGUUGA